UGACACACCUCAGCCACAACCUUCAAUCUCUUCAAAAGGACCUCUCCCUUCAUCAGAAAUUCAGAGAAGAAAACAAAAAGGCGGUGAUGAUAAUGAAAUGGAGGAAACAACGUGGGAGCAAAAACUCCAAGCCCUAACCCACACACUAAUCAACCCUACAAACACACCUGAAUCCCUCUACUCUCAAUUCUUCAUCUCCACACAGCUCCCUUGCUACCUUAACUGGGACUACCACCCACCUAUCUUCUGCCCUAAAUCACCAAACACCUUCCCCUCUCUACAUCUGAGAUGGGGCUUCUCUCUCUUCCUCAAAAGGGUUUCAAGAUUUGGGGUCCCACAGACCUCAUGGAGGUCCAAGUGCCCAUUCCAACAGCCCCCACCAUUGAUUCUUGCCAAGGGAGUGGAGGAAGCUCAGUGGGGUGAAGAGCAGAAGAGAGAAUAUGUGAGGAAGAGGAUGAGAAGGAAGCGCCUUGGGAGUGAUGUCCAUCCUUUGAUUCCAAUCUUGCUCCCAAAUAUCUUCUUGUUCUCUCUUCUCUUGUGGAAUCCAUUUCCACAGUAUGAUUCCUGAAUAUAUAUAUAUAUAUAUAUAUAUAUAGCCAAUGGAAGCCCCUUGUAUUUUUUCAUUUUAUCUCAUAACAUGAAUUGGUGAAAUGUGAACCAAAUUUGCCAAUACUACAGUGAUUUCUGAUUACUA